GACAUCUUCCCCGUCUUCUCUUAUCACACGAUGCUUUCGCUGGAUUUGCCACGAGGUCGUCCGCUAUGGCUUCUACUAAGGCUCAUGCCCUUCCUCACCUGAACCCUGGUGAACUCUCUCUGUUGGAUCUAGCGGCCGAAGAUCCUCGCGAUGUGGUAGCUCUCUCGGAAAAAGAGGAACUGAUCCUCCAACUCCACCAUCAGAUCCAGGAACAGGAAUUAGAGAAGGCCUUAUUACAACAAGAUCUCGAUCUGCUGUCCGGAGAUGAUGCCGAAGAACAGUUGGCCAUCGCUGAACGCGACCUGCUUGAGGCCCGGGCCACGUACACGGUCAGGAGGAAAGCAAUCGGAAUCGUUCUUAUGACCGAUCCGACACUCAAAGCAGUGCAUAUGAAAGCGACAACCCCUGCGGAGCGAACCUUACUUCCCCUGCUCAAUAGACGUGACAUGCUCUCUCUGGCCCACGAGAACCUGAACAGUGCGCACAGCGCAACUGUCCGGAACCUGUCAACCGCGGAGGUUGAGAACCGGCAACUUCACAAGAAGAACGGGGAACUCGUCCAGGAGCUCUUGGAAAUCACCAAAGACGACGACUCCUGGAUGGAAAGGCUGGAAGAUGACGAGUUAAAGGCACAACUAGAGCAGCAAAAAUCCGACUACAAGAAAAGCAAAGCCAAAUGGGACACGGUCAAAAACCUCGUGAGCGCGAUCGUUGUCGGCAGCGGGGUAGACUGGGCCGCAGACGACGCCCUGGCGGGUCUUGUCCUGGACGAGUCGGACGAUUGAUAGAUUGUUCUUUGUUUCUUUUUUUUCUCUGUAUUUUUUUACCUUUUUCCUCUUUCAGUGAAGAUCCGGGACUUGGACCGGGGUGCUUAGAUGGCGUUGAGUCGGGAUACCCUUGGACUAGAAUUUUCUUCUCUAAUCAAAACUAGUUCUGUUCUAUUCCUGGCUUCACGGAAGAGCGAUCUCACCAGAUCAUUCUCUCAUCUCUUCAGACUCGCAGAGUAACGAGACGCGAUCGCCAACCG